AGGUCACUAAGAGCACGUAAAAAUGGGGCAGAAACUGUUCGCCAUUUUAAUUGUUCUCGGUUUGUCGAUAAGUCUACCGACAAGCAACGCAGCGUCGCGGCCAAUCAAAAUUGGCGCAGUCUUCCACGACGGCGACGAGGAGUACGAGGCAGCGUUUCUGAAGGCGGUCCACGAGUCGAAAUUCGAGCACGUUGCGCCCGCAUUCGAACUGAAGACCGUUAUAAAGCACGUGAAGGUUAAUACCGACAGCUUCAAGACAGCACGCGCUGCGUGCGAGCUCAUCGAGGAAGGCGUAGCCGCAAUCUUCGGCCCAUCCAGCCCUCAUACACAAGGAAUCGUGGCGAGCACCGCUGCACGUUUCGACGUCCCGCAUAUCGAUUAUUUCUGGCGACAGAACGAGGAACUGCCGGCUGACCAGGAUACGGACAAUCCGGCGCCGAUGACCAUUAACGUGUAUCCCGACAGCGAAAUUGUCGGAAAGAUGCUCGCCGACGUAGUGGGGUCCAUGAAAUGGGGCACGUUCGCAGCCAUUUACCAAACGAACGAGGGCCUCUCGCGAAUCAGACAGGCUCUGACGUUGAAAAGGAACAAGGACGCUGUGGUCACGAUAAGACGGAUCGGCGAAGGAACGGAUUUUCGACCUGUUCUGAAGGAGCUUCGAGCUCUAGGCAUCAGCAACGUGCUCGUCGAAGUUGAACCGAAGAACAUCGUAGACGUGCUCUAUCAAGCGAAAGAGGUCAAACUGCUGGCGGAUUACUGUAACUUCCUCAUUACAUAUCUGGACUCCACGAAGCUGCCCUUGUCGAAAGUACGGAAUCACACCAUGGCCAACAUCACCGGGCUCAGCGUGAGAGAGAAUGACGUGGACGGAAUUAAUUGGGUGGAAUCAGCUGUCCUUUACGAUUCUGUGUUCCUGUUUUACAACGCGCUGGAAGCCCUGAACGCGAGGAACAAGGACUGCGAGGAGCCUGUAACUAUUGACCCAGUACCGCUCUCUUGUGAAGAUAUAGCGAAAUACAACGCAGGUCCCAACAUUACCAACCUUAUGCGCGAGUUGUCGAAGCAUGGUAAAAUGACUGGUCCGAUAAAGUUCGACGAAAAUGGACGUCGCACAUAUUUCAACGUUCGCACCAUGGACGUGAGGCAAGAAAAUAGCGUUCAAACCGGAUAUUGGGAUCCAGAUGGGCUUCAUAGGAUUGGCUCUGAAGAAGAUCGCGAAAAAUAUUUAUACAAAUCUAUCGAACAGAAGAAGUUCAUAAUCAGUACCAAAGUGGGUUCACCAUACACAAUGGAAGUCACAGACAGCGCAACUCGAGGUAUCCUGAUCGAUCAAACUCGUUACGAGGGCUUCUGUAUCGAUCUAAUCGACGAAAUUGCCAAGCUGUUGAAUUUUAAAUACGAAUUUGAAUUAGUACCUGACGGGAACUACGGUACAUACAAUCCAGAAACAAAACAAUGGAACGGUCUUAUCAGACGUUUACUGGAUCGCGAUGCUGAUCUCGCGAUUUGCGACCUAACAAUCACCUACGAGCGUGAAAGCGCGGUCGAUUUCACGAUGCCGUUCAUGAAUCUAGGUAUCAGCAUUUUAUUCGGCAAGCCCGAGGAGAAGGAGCCCGACCUCUUCUCGUUCCUGUCGCCGUUGUCUACCGACGUCUGGAUUUACAUGGCGACUGCUUUCUUAGCAGUUUCGAUAAUGCUGUUCCUCCAGGCUAGAAUGGCUCCAGGCGAAUGGGACAAUCCGCACCCGUGCAAUCCGGAUCCGGAGGAAUUGGAAAACAAUUUCAACUUAAAUAACUCGAUGUGGCUCACCGUCGGCUCUGUCAUGCAACAGGGCUCCGAUAUACUUCCCAAAGCACCGUCGAUUCGAAUGGUGGCUGGCAUGUGGUGGUUCUUCACGUUGAUUAUGGUAUCCUCGUACACCGCCAACUUAGCUGCGUUCCUCACGGUAGAUAAAAUGGACACUCCUAUCAAAGGAGUGGAAGAUCUAGCGAAACAGACGAAAAUAAAAUACGGCGCUGUUUCUGGUGGAUCCACAUCUAGCUUUUUCAGGGAUUCAAAUUAUUCAACAUAUCAACGUAUGUACGCGGCGAUGUUGGAAGCGAGGCCGAGCGUCUUCACGAAGACCAACGAGGAAGGUGUCGAACGUGUACUCAAAAAACGCGAUUACGCGUUCCUAAUGGAGUCAACCACGAUCGAGUACAGGAUGGAACGGCAAUGCGAACUGGACAAAGUCGGAGGACUCAUUGAUAACAAAGGAUACGGAAUUGCUUUGCCACGAAACUCCCCGUACAGAACGCCCAUAAGCGCCGCGAUAUUACAGUUGCAAGAGAAAGGCGUGCUGCAGGACCUGAAGAAAAAGUGGUGGCAGGAACGAGGGGGUGGUUUAUGCGCGGCGAAAGACACGGAGACGACGAAUUCGAGUGAAUUAGGGUUGGCCAACGUCGGCGGUGUAUUCUUGGUCCUUCUAAUCGGAUGCUCGGGCUCGUUUGUCAUCGCCAUCUGCGAAUUCCUCUGGAACGUGCGAAAGGUCGCCGUGGAGGAGAAGGUCACUCCAUGGGAGGCGCUGGUAGCAGAAUUGAGAUUCGCCGUGAACAUUUGGGCGGAGACGAAGCCUGUUAAAAUCUCAAAAAGCAGCGGCACGAGUUCGAUGGAGGACGGCAUCGGCCGGGCCGCGUCCACUGCUCGCUCUAUAGUCGGCUCCUUCCUUCGACUGGACAUGCUAGACAAAUUCGACAAGGAUAACAAUACGAACGAUCGCAGCGACGAUCGUAAGAUCAACUGAAAUUGCGUUGGGUCGUCCCGCAUACUUUCACCGAAUUCACUUUUGCACAGCGGAACGAAAGUGAGAUGACCGUUACUGCUGGGCUGCGCAUUCUUAUGCAAAUACGAACUUUAAUGAACUAGUUUAUGGAAACUGGAGUUGAAUAUUUACUUCUCUUAUUAUGGAUUUCAUUGGUGCAACCGUAAUGUAAGAAUUGAUUUCAAUGUCGGUAUAUAUAUUUUGUUGGCUUCGACGCGAUUGUGGAUGCUGCGGCUGCAGGAAAUCCGCGUCCGGUUAUUAUUUUGAUCGACUCGAGAGAUUUAUUCUUCAGUUGGAUAACUCUUUGGUGAAUUAUCGUUUCAUUGCUGUGAUCCAAAUAAUCAAGAGUAAAAAUAAGAGUCUGUUUUCAAGAAAGCACACAUGUGGGAGCUGCUCUUGGAGAUUACUCUCGAGUGGAGACGUUGCAUUAGGUUGUUGCAUUUGAAAGGGUAAUUAUGUGUAUACAUAUAUAUCAUUUAUAUGGUUUGGUCUUUUUAACAAUUUACAUUUAGUUUUAUUGAAAUGAUGUAGUUUACCGUUUUCAUAGAUAAAUGUAUCAUGGAAUCGGUAUAAUGUAAUCAAUGCUAUUCUCUAAUUCGUUUGCAACGACGUAAUGUAAUCAUUGACUCGGAUACACUGUGGUCAAUGCUAUAUGUAGUCAUCAUUCACGGUGACUGAAUUAAUUCAGACAUUGUGAAUCGUUUUUCCUACUUUUAUAUCAUAGUAUUUCAAUAAUUGAUAGUGUGUUUCUGUACAAAUGAAGUGUAGCUAUAUAAUGUAAUGAUGUACAGUGAUCUUGGAUGAAUAUUUCAUUUAACUGCAGCAAUAAUUAAGUUAACAUACAAAGUGCACCAGAGGAGGCUCAAUUCUUUAAUUUUGUAAAUUAAUGACAUUCCUCCUGUUUAAAAAUGAAAAUUAUGAAUCAACUCAAAACCAUUAAUCCCAACAUCCUACUCCUCACUAAAUACACUCCUAUUCGCCAGAGUAUUAUCUAUUUUUGCAUCACCUUAAAUAACCAUUAAACUACAAAAUUAUGUACAUUGCGACCACAAUAUUAAUUGUAUUGAAUAAUAUAUAUUUAAUUUCUUUCUGCGUUGGUAGUAUUUUAACCACAAUUUACUCAUUUAAAUUCUAGCAUUUUAUAAUUAAAUUAUAAAAAGGUAACCAGAGGCAUUCAUUACUCAGCCGGUCAAAAAUAUAUUAAACUAAUUGUAGUAAUGUUUAAACG